AUGGAGAUAGAAUUCAUCAAAGAUCAGAAGAUUGUACAUUAUGGAAUGGAUGAGAUAAUUGAGUUGGAUAUAGGGCAAUUAAUGACACUGAUUCUAAAAUAAUUUGAAGGAAAACCUAUUCAUUUGAGUUUUAUGUCGAUUCAAUUGAUCCAGAGUUUGCUCAUGGGACUGGAACCUUGGUAGACAGAGGGAUCAAAUCAAGGGAAGUUCAUAAAAUUUGCUGAGUCUCGAUAUUUGAUAGACAUGGAUUUAGUAGAAAUCAAUCCUUAAUUAGAAAAGACUCCAGAACUAAGAGAGGAAUUUUUGGGGAUUUUUAAUAAGUAUGACAUUGGCAGGAUUCAAGGUACUUAGAGAGUUGCCUUGGGUAUAGAAUUGAUAGCUUCAGCAUUAGGCAGAACUUUGGUGUUAUGA